CAGUCAGAGGCUCAUUUUGGCUCAAACGACCGCACGCCGCGCCUCCGCCUCGGUUGUCCUUCGCGGGAUGGCUGGCCUGCGCGCGGCUAGAGGGGCGACAGCUGGGGUGGACGGGGCGGCCCUGGUGGCUGCCGCGGUCCGCGUGGCCGUCGAGGCCAAGGCGCCACGGCGAACGGUGGCUGCGGUGGCGCUUGCGGUGGCCCUUCGGGCCGCGGCACCCCCGCAGCCGCUUGCGGCCGCCAGCGCUGGGGCGGCUGGCCGUAAAGAUGGCGCAUCGGAUGUGAAGCGGGAGCGGCGGCGGCGGCGCCGCGCUCGUCUCGGUGAAGGGCGCCGUGCCGAUCGUGAUGCUGUUCCUGGAGCCGGGCGCGCCGGCAUGCCUGCCCCUCCUGAGGGCGGCUCUGGCGGCGACGCUCCCAUGGUCAACGGCUUCGGCGAUAGCGACGGGAUCAUCGACGAUUCCUGGGCCGAAAGCCUGCCCGUCCGCGGACCGCGUCGACCUAGGAGGAGAUGCGAGGGCAUGAGCGUCGCGGGGGUGGCUGCUGCUGGCGCGGGCGGUUCGGGCUCUGGCUCGGCCGCUGCGACGGCCGCGCUUGCAGACGCGGUGCUGGCCCUCGUGGGCACCCCUGGCGGGGCGGCGGCGGCGGAAGCGGCGGAUCCAGCUCGCGGAGCUGCAGGAGCUGUUGGUGUUGCGGGGUGCGGCCUCGGGAGCGACGGCCAGACCGACGGAGCCGCGCGGUGGCGGCGCGGGCCCAGGCGUCCUCGGGCGAAGGCGGCGGCGGAGCUGGGCGCGGCGCUCGCGGUGGCGGCGCCUGCUGCUGGCGGAGCUGCGGCUUCGGAGGUCGGCCCGGAGGGGGGUUUUGCGGUGGCCGACGGCCUCCUCCGCCAGGCGGCUGACUACGAGCCUCGGCUCAGCGAGCAGUUUCGGCAGUUGCUGGAGUCCGUGAGCUGGAGGCCUGUCGGCGCCUUUUAGCCCGCGUUCGCGGGUGGCGCGCCUAGCGCCUGGUGGCUCCUUCCGCCUUUGUCUCCUGAAGCAGGGACUUCGGUGCACUGCUCUCUUUUGAGGGUGGCGCAGCCUGGAGGGUGCUUCGCGGGGGUGCCCCAGGCGAUGCCGCAGACUUCAGUAGAGCAAGCCGAGCAUUCGUCAGCCUCGGCCUCUGCGGUAGCGGCGGGGUCAAGGGGAGUGCCUUCGGUGGUCUGGCCCCGUUUGGGGCUGGCACGGCCAGGUGGGCGCCCCGCGCGGGCGCCCCUGGUGACGGCGCACCCCGGGACCGAGCUCGCGCCGCGCGAGCCUGGAGCGCAGCCAAAGAAGGGCCCCAGCUGCGCUCGCAUGGCACCUCCGCGCCCCUUCGGCACACCCCUCACACGUUUCGUGGCCCCAGAGGAAGCUGCGCCGAGAGCCCC